AUGGUCCGUUCUCGAGUUGCGUUGCUCCUGCUUAUAGAGAUAGGUGUGCACAUUGCUAUUCUCCUAAUAUCAAGUGUUCGCUUCUCUCACCGCGCUCGUCAGCCACCAAUUCUCCUGCGCAGUCUUGAACUUUCGGAGCUAAGAGAAAGAGCGAGGUACGAAUGUCAUUCCAAGAAGACCAGAAGCUCUAACGUGCUAACCUCGAACCGAGCACCAGGACCAGACGCAGACACCGAAAAUCAAACCUCGUCCUUUGCCGAGAACUCUCCGGCGUUCAAGAAGCCUCGACUGGAGAAUUCGCCUGCUAAAGAUUCCAGUAACAGCUUUCGUUCUUUACUCCAACUCGAUGUUAAUAACAACCAUACCUCUACUCCUUCUCCGUCUACUGCGGUUGACGUCGCCCUCUCCUGUCCUCGCCCUAGUCAGUCCAAAGCUGAUGGAGCUGUGUUACAGUGUCCGCUCACUGCUAACAUGUAUAAGGAUCCCAAUUUGCUGCGGAAAGCACACCAGGGCUUGUUGGGCUUCAUCCGUUUGGUUGAGACUCUUCUGAAGGAGAUGGAGGUAGCUGAGGACCGGACACAUAAGGACAGGCGGUCCAAUAUUGUGUUAGUAUAG